AUGUCGAUAGACAUUCAGAAAAUAGUGCAGGCGACGUUGGUUGGCAAACCGGAGCACGAUGAGCAGACAUUCAUCGAUUGUCUGAAACUGGUUGGUUCGAAUCGUUCACCAAAAGAAAAGGAGCUGGGAUUUGCUCUUCUGUCUCGAAUGGUAAUCAAGACGUCUCCUCAGUCGCUUCGUCUCGUUCAGACUCGUCUCGCCAAUCGAUUUGCUCAGAUCUCUGAUCAUUUUCAGUUUUCUGGGGCUCUAUUCGUUCGAGAAGUUCUUGUUAGAAAUCCGACGGCUGGAGAUCUUCAUUCGGUUACUGUAUUCAAAAUUAUUCUCAAUUCUAUUGAUGCGGGCGUCCAAUCGAUGGAUCCGACUGUCAGAAGUCUCGCUGCUGAGUUAUUCGGAUUGAGAGUUUCGAAUCAGAAUUUGAGUCUUUUAUUGAACACUUUGGAUGUGUUGUUGACGACGAAGACUAAGAUCAAGAAUGUAUCGAAUGACGUUCUGCAACUCUCGACCCUUGGUGUGACUUCCCACCGUACCUCUCUAACGUGUCUUCUUUUCGAAGUGCUCGCAGUGUCACUUGGAUAUGCUCCGAGAGUCGACAAAUCGAAUGUCGAUAAACGAUUGUCUGUCGAUCGGAAAGAUAUCAUUCGAGUCAUUGAAAUGGGAAUUCGGAAUCCGUCGACUACUCGUUCGGCUGCAUUCACCGCGUUGAGAUCUCUCUGUCUCAAUGCGAAAUACUCGUUGAUUCCUAUGAUCGGUCGAAUCGUGUCGACGCUGAUCUCAGAAUUGGAGACUCCAGAUGUCGAUUUGAUGAAGACAUUGGCAUUCAUUGCGAAGACGUAUGGACCCAUCACUUCGACUAUUCACAAACAUUUCUACGUCAUUUUUACCGCGUUGAAACGUCCGAUGCACGAAUUGGAUUACGGUAGCCACGUGGCUGAUCUACUUUCGACUAUCAUCGAAUCGUCGGCUGGAUUGAUUAAGCCAGAAGUGUUCGUCACAGUUCAGAAGGCUGUUUGUGAGUCAGCCAUAAUGCACCCGGACGAAUCAAUGUAUCUGCAAUUGCUCGCCGCGUUCUUGGCUCUCAACAAUGAAUUCGUUCCGUCUCCACUUCAAAUCGCUCGUCACGUCGUCGCCCGAACCAAUUCCAGAUGUCAUCACUCACAUCGUCUGAAAGCUCUGAGCGAUGUGACGUCACGACCACGGACGUCGGAUUUGGCCAAUGUGAAGACGGUGAAGAAGACGUUGAUUCUCCAGAAGGAGGAGACGACGAUUGAAGUGGAUUCUGAGGAGGCUCCAGAAUCUCCAGAAUCUCCUGAAGACGUUGACGUCGAGGACGUCAUGGAGCCAGAAGACGUCUCGCCACCACCGACUCCAGAAGUCUCCAGAAAGAAGAAGAGUAGUGAGAGUUCCACUCCUGUCGUCGUCAAGAAGAAGAAGAAGCGUGACGUCGUCGUCGCCACGAAUCUGUUGGAGGGAGAAGCGUCGGUCGACGAUAUUCUGAAUCUUUUUGAUAUGUCUUAA